AGCUGCGCAAAUUGCGGCGCAUCGCCUUGUGCGUGCAAUAGUAGCUUCGAUUCCUCCUCGCGGCAUCGCGUUGAUUGCUAAUUGUCCUGCGAAGACGGUGCUUGAGCCGUGCGGCAACAACACACCAGCUACAGCCUCCACUCUCACGAGGAUGCUGCUUGUCCUCCGGCGCGCUGCUCCCACGCGUGCGCUAUGCAGCCAGGCGCAGCGACCAGCAUUCGCGGCGGCAGCCUGCCGCCGCUUCGCCACCGCCGCGACAAAGGAGGACGACACAGUCGUGAAAAUCUACGAGGGCCCGCUGAACGCAGCCGUGAAACGCAUCCGGCUCGUCUCGCUCACGACGCUGGCGACGUCGCUAAUGCUGCCGCCGAUGGCUCUCAUCUUCAAGUCCUCGGCCACCGUGUCGCUCAUGGGCAAAGUGGCCGUCGGCGGCACGGCGAUGGUCGCGGGGGUCGGGUCCACAGCUGCAUUGCACUUCUGCACGCUCCCGUUCGUCUUCGAGAUGUCGCGGGAGGGCGACCGUAUCGUCGCGACGCGCAUGGACAUCCUCGCGCGGCGCGUGACGCACGAGUUUCGAGAGGCGGACGUGAAGCGCGAGCCGACGACGCUGCGACCGUUCGUGACCUUCGAGGCCGCCGGCGAGUCGUUCUUCGUGACGAAGAGCGGCUUCGCGGACGAGGCGGACGCGGAUUUGUUCGGGAGUAAUUCAUAACGUGUU